AUGUAUGAGACAUACUAUUAUGAUACACAACUUUUCAUUGCUUUUAUUACUUAUUUUGUUUUGUUUCUUUGUAUUGUAAUGGUGUGUAUCGUUGGAAGUAUUUUUACAUCAAGACAAAAAAUAUUUCCUUGUAAAUGUAAGAAAUGUCAAAAAUUGAAUGAGAUGAGAUGGAAGAAACCAUUGACUAUUAAGAGAUUUAUUGCUGUUUUAAUAAUGAUAGUUUUAAUAUUUUUAUUUUAUACAUUAAACAAACAACGGAAAAAAUGUUGUACUGAAGUUAUUGAACCAUAUAAUCCAUUUAAAGUUUUAAACAUUUCUAAUUCAUCAAAUAGACUUAAUAUUGAACACCGAUUUCAUGAUAUUCAAUUAAGGUAUUUAAUAAAAAAAGUAACUCUUGAAGAAGAAAAUGUAUAUCUUCGACAAAAGUAUGCAUAUGAAUUAUUAAGGAAUGAAAACAGAUUCUUAGAAUGGAAAAGUCAAUGGGAUCAAUUAACAAAUUCUACUCAUUUAAUUGCUCUACCUUCUAUCUUUCAACCAAAUACUAAUUCUAUGUACACAAUUUUUAUGGUUUAUAACACAACAAUUUUUUUGAUAAUACCAAUCGUAUUAUUAAUUUGUUCUAGAAAAAUAACAAUUAAUAAGAAUAAUGAAGUACAUUCUCAAUACAAAUUAGUUUAUGAAAAAGUAUUUGAUAAUUUUGUGUCAUUCUCAUUAAUUAUUGAAGCAAUGAGUUCAACUGCAUUAGUACAAAGACAUAUUACAUAUAAUUCAUAUGAUUCAAAACUCUUACCACAAAUUAGAAGUAAAGUAAAUCAAGACCUUUUAAAUACACCUCAUAUUCAAACAAAAGAAGUUGUUAAAGCACAGACAUUAAUUUGUGCAUACCUCACCAGAAUUAAAUUGCCAAAGUAUCUCAAAUAUACUCUUUAUUCAAUGAUACCUGAUUUAAGAAAAAUAAUUAUUGAUUUAAUUAAUUACUUCUUCUUCAAGGGGAGUCUUGACGCAAUGGUAUUGACUACAAAAAUGGGACAAAUGAUUGCACAAGCGUGUACAGUUGAAACUGAAUAUCUUCAAUUACCUGAAUUUCAAUCAAGUCAAGUAAUGUAUAUGCAAAAAAUUACAACAUCUCAAUUAGGAUCAAUCAAUGCAUUAGAACGCUUACAGAAACUUCAUGAGAUAUGUUAUAAUGAACACCAACUAGAAUUAUGGAAAAAUUAUUUAAUAUACUUUCCUUCAAAUAUGGAAAUUGAUAUAGGACUAAAUAAAGAAAUUACUUACACUUCUCAUUCAAUUGAAUUAGAAAUAAAAAUAAGAAGAAAACCUGUGAUGUACACUUUACAAAAAUCAUUUGGUCCAGAAACAAAUCAAACAAAUCAAAGUACUGAAUUAAAAGAAAAAGAUAAGACAAUUCGUAGUCAUACACCAUUUUUAAGAAAAGCAAUUAAAGAAAGAUUUUAUUUAUUUGUUGAAAUAGAAAAUCAAAAUUUAGUGUGUUAUAAGGAAAAAUUAAAAAUACCUUUUUCACCAAAUAUAUUUACUAUCAACGUUCAUGUUCCAAUUCCUCUAAAUAUAAAUUCAAUUAAUUUCUGCAUUUAUUUAAUUUCAGAUUGUUAUUUGGGAUGUGAAUAUUGUAUGAAGAAAAAUGUUAAAUUAUUGUAUUCUUAA